AUGCUCCGUCUUCUCCUCCUUGCCUCCCUGGCCGGCAGCGCCCUUGCUGGCGACUUCACGGUCAAGAUCCGUGCCCGACAGAACAACUCUUAUCCGCCAGGCUUUGCUAUUCCCACAGCAGACCAGACACCUAAGGAAUGGCUCGAUGCUCUUAGCGCUGCCACCGCCGCGGGCAAGAUUCCCGGCAUCGCUCCCGCCACUCUCCAAAACGGCAAUCCCGUCUACGCCAACAAUGUCGGCUUUGACCCCCACACCUGCUCCUGGACCGUAACCAAGUGUGUCUCCGAUACCGACAUCGUCAAUGCGCCAGACAACCACAUCGCUGUUGCCUUUGACGACGGUCCCACCGGCAACAGUGGCGACCUCUACUCGUUCCUCAGCCAGUACAACCAGUCUGCCACCCACUUCAUGAUCGGAUCCAAUGUGCUCUCCUAUCCGCAGCAGUUCGCUCAGGCGGUUAAGGAAGGCAACCAGCACUUUGCCGUACACACCUGGUCGCACAACCUCUGCACCGCACUCACCAACCAGCAGCUCGUCGCCGAGCUCGGCUGGACCAUGCAGAUCAUCGCAGACUACAGCGGCGGCUACAUCCCCAAGUUCUGGCGUCCGCCUCAGGGUGACGUCGACAAUCGUGUGCGCGCAAUUGCAGAAGAGAUCUUCGGCCUGACCAAUGUGCUGUGGAACCACGACACCAACGACUGGUGCCUCGACGACCAGGGCGGCUCGGCUUGCCCCAACGAAAACCCCGGCAAGGAUCUGGCGUCCGUAGCAGCAGCUGCUGCCUCCGGCGUCAAUGGUCCCAGGUCGCCCGGUCUGAUCAUGCUCGAGCACGAGCUUACCCAUGCUUCCAUCGGCGUCUUCAAGAACUACUACCCCAAACUCAAGGGCAUGGGCUGGAUUCCCAACAACGUAGCCGACCUCUUCAACAUGCCUUGGUACAAGAACGCAUGGAACAACCAGUCGCCUCCUCAGAAGGGCUCGGUGAUCCAGGACUUCGACCUUGGCUCGGACGGUGACGACACCUCCAGCAGCUCCACUACCUCCUCGUCGUCUGCUUCCAGCUCGACAUCUUCCUCCAGCAGUACUGCUCCUAGCGGCAACACCACGAGCUCGCGGGCGGUAACAAGGACCGAACCCACUCGCGCCUUCACCUCGCCCAGCUCUACCUCCUCUCCCCUUCACGCUAGCACAAGCGGCGCCCUCAACCUGGCCCCGGCCUCGCUGAGCAUGGCCGGACUCGCCUCCGUCGCCGCGCUCGCGGCCUUCCUGCUCUGA